AUGGUAAAAAUCCUGCCGAAGGACUAUCCAGUUCGUCUGGCAGUUCAGUCCUGGGAUUUGUUUUUCCGAAAUGCUAAUGCUGGCCAAGCAUAUGAUCCCCAUCUACCAGAUCAGUUGGAAAGAAAGGCAUCGUUUCUUCAGAGCCAUGGCCUGGCCCAGACACCGGGUAAAGCUGAAAAGCUUGUUGAAGAUCACCUUGCUGUGCAGUCUUUGAUAAGAGCAUACCAAAUCCGUGGCCAUCAUGUGGCUCAGCUGGAUCCCCUUGGAAUUCUGGAUGCAGACUUGGAUUCAUUUGUUCCAUCUGACUUAAUCACUACAAUCGAUAAACUUGGGUUUUAUGGUUUGCAUGAAUCAGAUUUGGACAAAGUCUUUCAGCUGCCUACAACCACCUUCAUAGGAGGAAAUGAGAACAGCCUUUCUUUACGAGAGAUCAUCAAACGGCUGGAGAAUACCUACUGCCAACACAUUGGCUUGGAGUUUAUGUUCAUCAAUGAUGUGGAGCAGUGCCAGUGGAUCCGGCAGAAGUUUGAGACGCCGGGAGUUAUGAAGUUUACUAAUGAGGAAAAAAGGACUUUGUUGGCAAGGCUGGUGCGCUCAAUGAGAUUUGAAGACUUCCUUGCUCGCAAGUGGUCUUCCGAAAAGAGAUUUGGUUUGGAAGGAUGUGAAGUAAUGAUUCCUGCACUUAAGACCAUCAUUGAUAAAUCCAGUGAAAUGGGAAUUGAAUAUGUUAUAAUGGGGAUGCCUCAUAGAGGUAGGCUGAAUGUAUUGGCUAACGUAAUCCGAAAAGAGCUGGAGCAGAUCUUCUGUCAGUUUGAUCCCAAACUUGAAGCAGCUGAUGAGGGAUCUGGGGAUGUAAAAUAUCAUCUGGGAAUGUACCAUGAGAGGAUCAACCGAGCAACAAACAAGAAAAUCACUCUGUCCCUGAUGGCUAACCCUUCUCACUUGGAAGCAGUUGAUCCUGUUGUGCAAGGGAAGACAAAAGCUGAACAGUUUUAUCGAGGGGAUACGGCAGGGAAAAAGGUUAUGUCCAUAUUAUUACACGGGGAUGCUGCCUUUGCAGGACAAGGAGUGGUUUAUGAGACGUUUCAUCUUAGUGACCUUCCAUCCUACACCACGAAUGGCACUAUUCACGUUGUGGUCAACAACCAGAUUGGCUUCACCACAGACCCCCGUAUGGCCCGUUCAUCUCCAUAUCCUACUGAUGUUGCUCGUGUGGUCAAUGCUCCAAUUUUUCAUGUGAAUGCUGAUGACCCUGAAGCAGUGAUGUAUGUGUGCAGUGUAGCUGCAGAGUGGCGAAACACAUUCAAUAAAGAUGUGGUGGUUGACUUGGUUUGUUACCGUAGGAGAGGGCACAAUGAAAUGGAUGAACCAAUGUUCACCCAGCCUCUAAUGUACAAGCAGAUUCAUAAGCAGGUGCCGGUGCUGAAGAAGUAUGCUGACAAACUGAUUGCAGAUGGGACUGUAACACUGCAGGAGUUUGAGGUACACAUCAACAGAGUUAAAGGGAACUUAAGAAGCU